AUGGCCUGCUCUUUCUUGACCCGCCUUUUUCACCGGCGGCGUUCGACAGCCUCGACAGCCUCGACAGCCACCCCUGCUGCUGCCAAUCCUGCCGCCAGCUCUGCCGCAACGUCCUCCCUUCUGAUAAAUCUUGGCAUUCGUUCUCUUCGCCCUCUCAGUCCUCUAUUGGUGCCGACAGUACCAACACUACCAACAGAUUUCACAUCCGACACUGUCACUGCCCUCGCUGGUCCGUUUGAUGACUCGCAGCAAAUGGCUCAACCAGGUUUUGCUUCACUUAUCAUUAGCAACCCUGGCCUCCUCCCUCACUUGACACUCGCCGAUGUCACUCGCGCCUUCCAGGAUUUGGAGGGAUAUGUGGAUAUCACCACCGACACAGAGAACGUCGGUGAAGAUUUGUGUAUCCGCCAAUGCAUCAUCUCCUUCCGCAACUCCUCCGAGGCGGCCAGAGCCCUCGCUGCUCACCCAGAGCUUAUCACUAACGGCCAGACUUUCUCGGUCAACCCAUUCUCCCAUAACAACAUGGAUAGCGCAGGUAUCGAUAACCCUGCAGACGAUGAAUCGGAACAGCCACAGCAACUGGUAGGCUCACAGCCUGAUGCGAGACGGCGUCCUCGGAAACGCCUUCGGAAGGAUCCCCCUAAGCCACCGAAGCCUCAGUGCAAGGUUUGCUACGUUGAACUCGAUGGCCCUUAUUCUACUCCGUGUCGCAAAUGCAAUUCCCCGCGUUGCUAUGAUUGUCUCAAGACCGAGUUCAAAGUUGCGUUGACGGAUCUGGAGAGAAUGCCAGUCACGUGCUGUGCUAUGGUUGUUCAUCACGAUGUCGCCAAUAAAAUCUUAUCAAUGGAAGAAAUUGACACCUACAAGUUGAAAUUCGACGAAAACAACACCCCAAAUCCUCUCUACUGCCCCGUGCCUAGGUGUUCAACCUUUCUUCCUCCUCGUCUGAUAGCCAAAGGCGCAACCAAAGUUAUCUGUCCCACAUGCCUUGCCAUGGUUUGUACCAUAUGCAAAGAGCAAGCUGGCAAGAACCACGCCUGUGGCAAAGGGGGACAGCGUGAAAUUAUCUUGGAUAAGUUCCACUACAAGAUUUGUCCCAAAUGUGGCACCGGUGUAAUGAAAAUGUAUGGCUGUCCUCACGUCAGAUGCCAAUGCGGCGCUCAUUGGUGCUGGGACUGUCGAAGACCUAUCAACGCUUGCUAUAGGAAGCCUUGUCGUGUGGCAAGAGAAGAUGGGCAAGAGUCGGAACCUGAUGCAAAUGAUUCUGAGUCUGAAGAUGAGCCUGACACUUCAGUGCCUGAUCAGAUGGUGCAGGCCGAGCAGCCAAUGGCAACAACGGAAACCGACAACGUAACAUUUGAGGAAUCUGCUCCUGUUACCGAGAACAUUGUAGUACCAGAAAUGGUGGCGGAAACCAAUACAGCCGAAGCAACCCAAAUCCCCUCUACACUUGCCGAAAGAACCAUCCAACAGCAGGUGAUUGGAGAAGGUCCCACCGAAGACCAAGCUGCAGCCAACACCGAUGCCGCAGCUACAGAACUCGAGAAUUUGGAUGACCCCGAUGCACAGGACUGGGAAAAUCAUUCGGAUGAUUUUGGAGAGGAGCCCAGUGAUGAGUCGUGGGAUAUUUGGGGCUGUCGACACCAGUUCCGGGACUUUGAGAAGCAACACAUCCCAGAUUUCUGGCUAGUGGGUGUCGAUCCAAAGCAGCUUGGUGAUCUGGAAGUAGGUUGCUUAUCAUGUUUCGAGGGUGCCAAAGUGUGGGAAACCAAGCAACCGACGGAAACGGCAGAAGAAACGACAGAAGGCACGAAAGACGACAAGGAAGACAGCGAGCCAAAAUCUUCUCCAAAGCAGAACCUGCUCGAGAAGAAGGUCAACAAGUCCAAGUGUGCUUUCGAGUGUUUGUACUGUGGGGUUGUGUACUGUGGAGGGUGCAAGAAAACAGCGGUAAAAAGGAUGCGGGAUGAGAGGACAGCAAUGGAUGUCGAUGAAUGA